AUGCCCUUAUCGACAUAUUUCGCGGCGGUUCCUGGAACUUCAUUGACAUUUGAUGGCGCCAAUAUUAUACUGGAUGAGAAUUAUAAGCUGCCAGGAAAUGAUGAUUUUGAAGCUAAUCUGGGAAAUUCGAGAGUACUGAGAGAUUUAGUUUUCACAGCAGAGGGAAGUGAAAUGGUUUUAGUGCUAGGAAGUUCAAGCUCCUUGCUGCUUGAGGCUCUUUCUAGUAAUCAAAGACAGCGUUAUUUUCCAGAGGGAUCAGUGAGAUUCAAAACAGGAGACUAUUGGAGAUAUCUGAAGGAAAGUUCUCAAGUGAUAUACAGUAAUGAGGGAGAUGUCCAUUUUCCACAUCUCACUGUGCAGCAAACAAUCGACUUCGCACUUAGUUGCAAAUACAAUGCUCCAAAAAUACAAAAGAACCAGUUGCGAGAUGAAUUGUUACAGGAAUUUGGAUUGUACCAUGUCAGGAACACUCGAGUAGGGAACGACUAUGUGCGUGGAAUCUCGGGAGGUCAGCGCAGAAGAGUUUCAAUAAUUGAGACGUUCAUCGCCAACGGUUCUGUGUAUCUUUGGGACAAUUGUACUAAGGGUCUGGAUUCCUCAACCGCGCUAGAUUUCUUGACUAUCUUGAGAGAUAUGACGAAAAGGAGUAAAUCAGUAAGUUUAGUGAGAAUAUCACAAGCCAGCGACGAGAUUGUUUCGAAAUUUGAUAAAAUCUUGAUGCUCUCUGAGGACCAUCAAGUUUUCUUUGGGACAAUGGAGGAGUGCUUGCAUCACUUUGAAAGCACCCUGCAAAUUGCUAGAAAUCCUAAUGAUAGUAUCAUAGAAUAUCUGACAUCAAUCCUUAGACAUUCCUCUGAUAUCAGCAGGGCGCCUAAGGUCACAUUAUCCGAGGAGCAGCUGUAUAGGGCUUGGGAGAGGUCCAGGAACUACCAGUACUGGAAAUCUAAAGUGAAGUACGAUAGUACCGAUAACGAAAUCAUAUCGAUAUCGGCAUGUGUUGCGCAAAAGGACGGCGUUGGGAUGUUGGGUCAAUUAAGCACCUGUACGAAGCGAGCUUUCCAAAGAAUCGCAGCAGAUAAAUCUUCCAUGAUAGCAGAAUUUAUUUCUGUCACCGUGCAGGCUCUUGUUAUCGGAUCACUAUUCUAUAAUAUUCCUCUGACUACAAUUGGUUCAUUCUCUCGAGGAUCGCUCACUUUCUUUUCUCUCCUAUUUUACACAUUCAUGGCUUUAACUAAUCUUCCCAAUGACUUUCAGAGACAGGGCAUUAUCAAGAAGCAACUGCAACUUAACUUUUACAGCAGGUGGAUCGAAGCUCUGGCAUCAAUUAUUUGCGACUGCACUUUCAAAAUGGUAUUGGUGAUAACCUUUACUCUGAUCCUCUAUUUCCUGGCGCAUUUUCAGUACAAUGCAUCGAGAUUUUUCAUUUUCCUGCUGUUUCUAGCAGUUUACAAUUUCUCGAUGGUCAGUUUGUUUUCGUUCAUAGCAUACAUUGCUCCGACUGUCGCUAUCGCCAAUACAAUCGCCGGCAUACUUCUGUUGGCGAUUGCCAUGUAUGCGUCCUAUGUGAUUUAUUUGAGUGCCAUGCAUCCCUGGUUCGUUUGGAUAGCUUAUUUGAAUCCUGCGAUGUACGCUAUGGAAGCGAUCUUGAGUAAUGAGUUAUUCAAUUUGAAACUUGAUUGCUCGGAGUCCAUUGUACCCAGGGGUUCAACGUACAACAAUGUGAGUUUCAAGCACAAAGCAUGUGCUUGGCAAGGUGCAACUUUGGGGAAUGAUUUUGUUCGCGGUCGCGAUUAUUUAAAUUCGGGACUUCAUUAUAGCUAUGAUCAUGUUUGGAGAAAUUUUGGGAUUAUCCUUGGUUUCUUAUUCUUUUAUUUGGUGAUUUCGCUUGUGGCGGCAGAGUAUAUUAAACCACUAUUCACAAGGAGACAUGCUGGGGUCUUAAGAAGACUUCUGAAUUUUAGAAACAUAAAAAAAGAUAACUUGGAGGAAAAACGCCCUAUCCGCAAUGCCGACUCUAUGACUAUGCCUUCUUUGGAAUCAUCAACAUCUUCGGAGUCUACUGAUUCAAUCACUUACCUGGGCGGUGUGAAGAAAUACCAGCCAACCGCUCAUGGCAAUUUCAGCGAAAAUGCGCCGGCAGUUCAUGUUGUAACCUGGAAAGAUGUUAGAUUCUCAAUUGGAGACAAAAUUAUAAUCAACAACACUUCGGGAUAUGUAAGCAGCGGGUUAACUGCGCUGAUGGGAGAGUCAGGAGCAGGCAAAACCACCCUACUGAAUAUUCUCUCUCAAAGAACUAAAGGCGGUAAGCUUGAAGGCCAAAUUCUGGUUGAUGGGAAGAUCAUUAGUGAUAUUGGUGCGUUCAGAAGAAGCAUAGGUUUUGUUCAGCAGCAGGAUGUUCUCUUACAGGGACUUACAGUGCGAGAGACACUGGAAGUUUCCAGCACACUGAGAGGUGAUAGUGAUAUGGAAUAUAUUCAUACAGUUGCCGCGAUGCUCGAUUUAUCAUUCAAUAAACUCGUCGUGGAUCUCUCGCCAACCGAACGAAAGCUUCUUUCUAUUGGGGUUGAAUUAGUAACAAAGCCAUCGACAUUGUUGCUUCUAGAUGAACCAACCUCGGGUCUUGACCCUCAUGCUGCCCUGACGAUUGUCAAGUUUCUGAAGGAGCUCUCUUUACGGGGCCACGCCAUCCUAUGCACUAUUCACCAGCCAAGCAAAAGUGUUUUCGAGCAUUUCGAUUCCAUUUAUUUACUCCAAGGAGAAGGUAAGUGCGCUUAUUUUGGUCCUGCAGAUCGCGUCUGUAACUAUUUCACAACGAAGGAUCGUCAUCUUAAGUAUCGUCCAGAGCAAAACCCAGCUGAGUUCAUAAUUGAUGCAGUAGGGAACUCCAGGCGACAACUGGAUGACUUACACGAUGCUUCAGGAAUAAUGACGGCCAAUUACGAUUGGUCAACUGUUUGGAUGGACUCGAAUGAAAAUCAACGCGUGCUGAAGAUAGCCCAGGAUCUCGAAGUGAAGGCCAAUUUAUCGGCACUGGACCUUUCCAAAACUUCUCAUACAAACAAGCCCUUUUUGAAACAGUUGCUUGUGAUCACUAAAAGACAAUACUUGUGUAUUAGGCGUGAUAAAAGCUAUGUGGUUUCCAAGUUCCUUUUGAACGGUGGAGCUGGACUGUUCAUUGGCUUUUCAUUCUGGAAAACGAAGCAUAACAUUGAUGGGUUACGAAAUGCUAUCUUCUUGUGCUUCAUGUCCCUUUGUGUUUCCUCUCCACUCAUAAAUCAGGUACAGGAUAAGGCUUUGGAAUCCAAAGAGGUGUAUCUUGAGAGGGAAGCAAGCUCAAACACUUAUCAUUGGAGUAUUCUUCUGUUGGCUCAGCUGCUGGUAGAGAUACCAUUGGCUAUCGCUAGUUCCACCGUUUUUUUUCUAUGCUGCUAUUUCUGUUGCGGAUACGACUCCUCGCCUCAAAUCGCUGGCGUCUUUUACUUCAAUUACAUCCUGUUUUCAGUUUACUACCUCUCAUUUGGGCUGUGGCUGAUCUAUUCUGCGCCAAAUGCGCAGACGGCUGCAGUCUUUGUGGCAUUCCUUUAUAGUUUCACUGCCUCCUUCUGUGGUGUCAUGCAGCCAUACGACCUUUUUCCAGGAUUUUGGAAAUUCAUGUAUAGGGUUUCUCCCUACACAUACUUUGUUGAUACUUUUGUCAGUUUGCUACUGCAUGAUAGGCCUGUUAUUUGCGACACUGAUGAAUUAGUCCCUACAUCGCCAUCAGAUGGACAAACUUGCGGAGAGUUUCUGAAAGCCUUUGUCGAAGAAUAUGGUGGUGCGAUUAAAAAUCCUUCUUCGCGCACCGUAUGCGCAUAUUGCCCUUAUAAAGUUGGCGACGAUUUUCUGCGGCAACAGCACAUGAGCUUCGAUAAUAGGUGGCGGAAUUUCGGCGUGCAAUGUGCCUUCAUCUCAUUCAACGUUGCAGCAAUGUUCGUCGGAUUUUAUCUGGUACAUGUCAAGAUUGUUUGGCAUGCAGUGUCAAAAUUACCACGAAGAAUACUUGGACGAAAAGUUCCCGGAGUCCUAUGA